AUGUCAACUUCGACAUCUGGUAAGAUACCAGUAGCUUCCUCACAGGAACAGAUCGACUUGUUGCAUAAAUCUAAAGUUAUUCAAGUAUCCACCGAUGAUAAGGCUAUUGGUCCUCUAUCUAAGCUCGAGUCACACUUAUGGGCCAACAUCUCCAAUAAAAAUCUCUACCACAGAGCAUUCUCAGUGCUGUUGUUCGAGAAGAGUACCGGGUCGAUGUUGAUACAGAAGAGGGCGGCUAAUAAGAUUACUUAUCCCUCCAUGUGGGCUAAUGCUUGUUGUAGCCAUCCCGAGUAUAACGAUGAUGAAAACACUGUAGGGAAUUUCCCGGACAUAAUUUUGAAAUAUUUUGUAUCUUCUCAGGAGCCUCCGACACAAGGAGUUGUUGCGGCCGCGUAUAGGCGACUCGAACAAGAGUUGGGCAUCAAAAAGGAUGAGUUGAUUCAAGAGCUCCAUCCGCUGACCAGAAUAAAGUAUUCGGCCCGAUGCUCAGGAGAUGGGUCUGAUUUUGGCGAGGCCGAAAUUGACUAUAUUUUGAUUGGAUUUUGCAAGGACCAAAUUCCGGUUGUUCACAAUCCGGAGGAGGUUGAGGAAACUCGUUGGGUAUCAGAUCUUCGAGAGCUUCGACGAUUGCCUCGUUCGCAUCACUAUGUUUUCACGCCGUGGUUUGAGCUCCUGGCAAAAGAUGAGGAAUGUCUGGAACUGUGGUGGCCAACGAUCAAGAAGACUGGCGACUUGGGACGAAUCACGGAUAUGGGAAUUUUUCACUUCCCUUUAAUGAGGCCGCCACCACCAGCAGCUGCUGCUGGUGGCAGACGAAUAAGAGCACUGAAUGUAAUGAUGGUAGUAACGGCAGUUCGGGGGCAUCUAAUGGGACUUGAUUUCGAGCAGGAAUAUCGAGGCCGUUGGGACACGGUUGAUCCGGAGACGCUCUAUAACGCACCUCUCGUCAAGUCAGUUGCUUCGGACAUGGGCCCAGUAGCUGGUAACUUGAGGAGGUUGGCCCGGACGUGCGAUUGGCUCGUGUUGUGGUUGGAUUGUGAUAGAGAAGGAGAGGCGAUUGCUUAUGAGGUUAUUGAAAUAGCGAGAGAGGCUAAUGCGAGGCUGAACGUUUAUCGGGCGAAUUUUUCCGCCCUCACACACGCUGAUCUCACACGAGCCUGUUUGAAUCUAGCGCGGCCGAAUCCGCAUCUGGCUGCUGCAGUGGAUGCUCGGCAAGAAAUAGAUUUACGAAUAGGAGCGUCAUUUACGCGGUUUCUCACUUUGCGUUAUAAAAGGAGAUUGCCUUUGCUCGAGGGCAUACUUUCUUAUGGGCCCUGUCAAUUUCCAACUCUGGGGUUCGUCGUGCAACGCUGGCUACUGCAGAGGAAUUUCAUCAGGGAACCUUUUUGGACGAUCAAGUGUACGGUGAGCGGCCCCAUGGUUGAAGUGAAACUCCUUUGGGGACGGCAUCGAUUAUUCGAUCAUCUCGCUACUACUUUACUCUACGAUAGAUGUUUACAACAUGUUCGAGAGUCCGGUGGUGGUGUUGUGACACACGUGUCACAUAAUCCGAAGUCUCGUUGGAGACCGCUCCCUUUGAGUACGGUUGAGUUCGCAAAGUUGGCGUCGAGUAAAUUGAGGAUAGACUCGCGUCAAGCGAUGAGGAUUGCGGAGGAAUUGUAUAAUCGGGGUAUUAUAUCGUAUCCGAGAACGGAGACUGAUAGAUUCAACCCUAAUAUAGAUCUGCUAGAAUUGUCCACGCCGUGGGCUCCACGGCCUCAUGAUGAGGCCCUCAUCAAUUUUCUUUCACAAAACGAAUGCGUCGUGUUUUCAGUUGAUGAUUUGCUCACCGACGAGCAAGAGCUCCCAGAAUCCCUUGGGAACAGCUUAAGAUCAGUGUUGCUUACACGAGUCUUGCUGAAAUCCUUGAAGUACGUGGUCGAAUACCUACUCCCGCAAGUGGCAAACCGAGAAUACAGCUUCCACCCCAACAAGAAAACACUAACGAAAUAUGUUGGCUGGAAAAGCAUCGAUGAGAAGAUAUUGAGCUACAUCCUCGAGACCGUGCAGCAGAUACGUGCGGCUGCAUGCAGGGAGGCACUACCAACAGAGUCCACAGAGAGCCCGGUUGCGGUUGCUGAGGAAUCCGCACGAGAAGGCUGUGGGACGACAGUAGAUGCAGACUCAACAUGCACGACCAAGGCCGCGUCGUCGGGUCAAUCCGAGGAUGAUGAGACUCUAGAAGAGUUCCUCGGGUGCCAUGCGAUGAGGACGACACAAUUAAACAAUCGCAAUUCUGCUGACAGUGAGCCUCCAGCUGCUGUUCCUGAGGUUCUCAUGUAUGAUUUGACUUUGUAUGAAGCAGACUCCAGCGACCCUUCCAAGAAGUCUACAGUGUCCGUUCUGCCAGACACUGGAGCAGGAAGGAGCUUCGUGAGUCAUGCUUGGUUGAAAAUUAAUAAAUCUGUGGUGCACAACUACAAGCGUACCUGUCAGUCGUUGAAGGUCAAAUGCGCUAAUGGCACUACCUUCCAUACGAAUCGACAAGUCUUAUUGAAAGUGUCUCGAGAUGGUGUGGCUCAUCCCUGGUGGUUCUUCGUCACUGAUAACCUCUCGCAUGCACAUAUAUGUGGUAUGGACUUCUUGCGUGGACUGCGUUUCACGUUAAAGCUGACACCGCAGGCGCAUGAAGUCGCUACGGUUCAAGAGGGGACUUUGUUCCCAGUGGCUGCCGCCAUAGAGGCCAUCUUUCGUCGCACUGAAGCGACCUUGGCAGACUUCGGCCAGGAUACGGCAGUUUGCACUGCUAAACCCCUUAAGAACGAGGACACCCUAGUCGACAUUGUUCGAGAUGUCGAGGGUUUGCCGAACUCUCACCCGGAGCCGGUCUAG